AUGGCCCCUUUCGGAACGAUUUACUCUUUCAUGCCCAACGGCAGAGUCUUCAAGAUCCUUGCCGCUGCAAAACUCAAUAACCUCGACAUUGAGAUUGCCCCCUAUCAACACUACGUGACAAACAAGUCACCCGAAUUUCUUGUCAAAUUUCCUGCUGGUAAAGUCCCAGCCUUCGAGGGAUCGGAUGGCUUUUGCCUCGCGGAAUCUGACGCCAUUGCGCAAUACGUCUCACAAUCUGGACCCUACGCUGGUCAACUUCUUGGCCGAGACCCCGUCACGUCGGCGAAGAUUAGACAGUGGAUUUCUUUCUUCGCUGAAGAGAUCUAUCCCGCUGUCCUUGAACUUGUUAUGUGGAGAGUGGGAAUGAUCCAUUUCGACCAAGCCACCGAGACCAAGGCACUAGGUCGUUUGGAAUAUGGAUUGACCGUGCUGGAGAAACAUUUGACGAACAGUGAUUUACUCGUGGGCGAUUUAUUGACACUUGCAGACUUGACUGGUGCUUCUACUCUCCUAUGGGCUUUUAUGCACGUCAUUGAUGAACCUAUGAGGAAGCAGUACCCCAAAGUCGUGGAUUGGUACCUUAGAACGAUUGAGAAUGGGCAAGUCAAGGAUGUUUUUGGAGAGCCUAAUCUCAUUGAGAAGCGACGGCUGGGAACCGAGUAG